GCUGGUUCUCUACCUGCCCAGGUUUGCUCAGGGCGUGGCAGCUGCGGAUAAAGACUCAGGCUUGGCAGCUGCUUUCUCGUUUUCUCCCAGCACCUACUCCUCUACCCAGCCAGGGAGCCGCAGGGCAGUGCUGUGACAUGCAGGAGGUGGUCCUGAGCCUGCUGGUCUUCCUGGCCGGCCUGCCUGCUCUGGAUGCCAACGACCCAGAAGAUAAGAACAGUCCUUUCUACUAUGACUGGCACAGGCUCCGGGUCGGCGGGCUGGUUUGCGCAGCGGUUCUGUGUGCGGUGGGCUUCAUUGUUCUCUUGAGUGAGUCAAGGAGCUGGUGGGGGCGGGGCUGGCGGGGCUGUGCAUCCCCUUCUCUGACCGCUUCCUUUCCCCCAACAGGUGGGAAAUGCAAGUGCAAGUUCAGCCAGAAGCCCAGUCACCAUCCAGGGGAUGCCCCACCUCUCAUCACUCCAGGCUCUGCUCACAACUGCUGAGGACCGACCAACCAGAAGAGCGCCAAGAGCUUCUACUUCUGCCUGCUGGCUUUGUAGGGGACCCUGGCUCCCAGGGUGGCACCUCUCUUCUCCUCAGAUGCCUCUCCCAGCCUCCACCUUACCUCUCAUGGAAGGGGGCUCUGUGUUCAGUGUUUGAUAUAAAAUGAUCUUGGCUCUGGUCAAGGUGGCCACAAA